AUGUGGAAUCCAAACGCCAUGGACAACAGACAGAUGGAAAAGAGAGUGGUGAUAGGAAGAGUCCGGCCGACAUGGGCACGAAACAUGCCAGAAGCGAGAGAAGAUGACGAUAAAAGUGACCAAGAAGUUGGAGUCAUGCCUCACAGUGAGCCUCCGUCGCCUACAGAGACGUGGGAACAGCAGAACAAACAAGAAGACAAAUACGAUGUAUUUGGAAAGGUGAUGCUACUCGGCGACAGCGGCGUUGGCAAGACAUGCAUGCUAGUCCGCUUCCGUGAUGGCACAUUCCUCUCCGGAAACUACAUUUCAACCGUCGGCAUCGACUUCCGGAAUAAGGUAGUUACAGUAGACGGCGUCAAAGUAAAGCUUCAAAUUUGGGACACAGCUGGCCAAGAGCGCUUCCGUAGCGUCACUCACGCCUACUACAGGGAUGCACAUGCACUUCUGCUUCUAUACGACGUGACCAACAAGAUAAGUUUUGACAACAUACGCGCCUGGCUUGGUGAGAUACGAGAGUACGCACAAGACGACGUGGUCAUAAUGCUACUGGGAAACAAAUCCGACAGCGGCUUAGAGAGGGCGGUGAGGCGCGAGGAGGGACAGCGCUUGGCGAGAGAAUAUCAAGUCGCAUUUAUGGAGACGUCAGCGAAAACCGGACUGAACGUGGAAGCGGCUUUUGCUCAUGUGGCGCGCGCUCUAGUCGCGAAAGCGAACCCUGUUGACCCAGCCAGGCUAGCAGUGCGCGCGCAACCAUCACAGGAACAAAGGUCUUCGUGUCCGCCAUGCUCGUAG